AUGGGAACUGAUCCGGCGAUUGCCGGUGGAGUAACCGGCGUUCCGGAGGAAAGACGAGAAAUGGCUUAUUCAGAGUUGAGCAGUGGUAGCCAGGUAAUGGAUGAACAUGAACCUGGGCAAGGGAGCUGGCUAGAGAAGAAUCAUUGGUUAGAGGACAGGCCCCAUGGUGGCUGGAGCAGGAGAUUUUGCAGUGUCGAACAGUCAUCAAGGCUCAAGACAGUCAGCUUGCGCAAGUCCGGUCUGUUGCAGCAGGUGGAGGCCAAGUCGUGGAAGACUAGGACCAGAGGGAGAGACAUGGACGAGUUGACGAGAUGGAUGACCUCCCUCUUUCCCCACAGUCGAAGAGCAAUGAAUGCCUCGUCUCCAAAUUGUCAUGAUCCUUGGCUGCUGUUGCUGGACAUGGAGUGCUUGGUAUGGAGUCUAUGGACGAUGGAGUACCAGAACAGACAUGAACGGAGCAGACUGGAGACUUGGCCGCAACGAUUACCCGCUAGAGCAUGCAGUGACGUUCCAUCCAUCUUCUUUGGAAGAGCCACCCAGCUCCACCACGACAUCAUCAAAUGGCAGCAUGCAACUUGGGAAAGUCAAGUGGCCGCAGACUUGACUGGACUGGUUGACUGGAUGACUGGAUGA